UGUGAACAGACACCUUUAGCGUUUGCGUGUUACCAAGAAGCCACUGUGUCCACCUCAAAAUGACCUGAUAUAUAUGCCGCCGGUAUGUGGCCUUCGUGGUCGACCUAGCUUCAAGAUACGUCACUACUGUGUCGUGCCUGCCAAGCCGACCUUGCUACUCCUCCACCUCCUCCAAUCAGAACCAUGGCCAGCAACAAGCCUAAAGGCAUCGUCGUCUUCUCCGGUGGAAGCGCUGCGAAUAACCUCGUCGAUGUAUUUAAGGCUGUCAGAGAGGACAAGAAGUGCCAGCUGAGCUAUGUGAUCCCAAUCAGCGACAAUGGCGGUAGUUCGUCUGAGUUGAUAAGGGUGUUUGGAGGACCAGGAAUCGGCGAUGUCCGCAGUCGUCUCGUGCGCCUGAUUCCUGACGACCCCGACCACGACGACAGCGAGAAAGCCGCCAUCAAGAUCUUCUUCAACCACCGCCUGCCAAAAGACCAAGGCGCCGCCCGGCAGGAAUGGAUGCAAAUCGUGGACGCAAGCCACAGCCUCUGGACCAACAUCUCCACAGCCAAAAAGGAGCUCAUGCGCGCGAUCCUCAACUCGGUCAAUUUCGAGAUCCUGAAGCGGAUGCGACCGAGCUCGACGUUUGACUUUUCUGGUGCGAGUAUCGGGAAUCUGUUUCUGACAGGCGCUCGUCUCUUCACCGGCUCCUUCGAAUCCGCAAUCUAUCUCCUCUCCAGCAUCUGCUCCGUCCCCAACCACACCUCCGUUCUGCCCGCCAUAAACACAAACUUCACGCACCACAUCUCCGCCGGCCUCGCCAACGGCACCAUCAUCACCGGCCAAAACUCCAUCUCGCACCCCUCCGAAACCACGGCGCUCGACACUACCCCCCUCACCGCCCACGAAGACACAGAGCGCCAUGACCUCAUCGAAGACGCCAAUCUCCCCGGCACCCUCCCCACCCUCCGCAAACAAUACAUCAACUUCAGCAAAACUGACGAGGACGACCUCCCCGCGCGCAUCGAGCGCCUGUGGUACAUCAAUCCCUACGGCCAGGAAAUCCGGUUGGCUGCGAAUCCAGCCGUGUUGGCGGCGCUAGGACAGGCACAGGCGAUAAUAUACAGCAUCGGCUCACUGUAUACGUCGCUGAUUCCGUCGCUGAUACUAAAGGGCGUGGGAGCCGCGGUUGCGAAUCCCAGCAUCAAGUAUAAAAUCCUGAUUCUGAAUAGCACAAACGACCGCGAGACGGGGCCUUCCAGCUCCCCCUUCUCGGCGCUCGACUUUGUCGGUGCGAUAGCCAAGGCGUGUGCGGAGAGUCAGUCCAUCUCGCCAUCCCGGGAGGUCGGGAAAGAAGAGUAUUGCAAUUAUGUCACGCACGUGGUGCAUUUGACGGGGCCAGGAACGCCGGCGGUGGAGCGGGAGGCGUUGAAGCAGAUUGGGAUCGAGACGAUCAAGGUAUAUGGGAGGCGCGGGGAGGGCGAGGGUUUCACGAGGUACGACGAGAAGGGGUUAGUGCAAGCGUUGGAGGUCACGAUGGGGAGGCGGGAUCCAAGGAAGGACAAGGUGAGGAGGAAUACACUUGAGGGGUAGGUGGGCGGUGGCGUUGGAUGGUGGCUUCUUAGGAUGAUGAUAUGGUAGAUACGAAGCGAUGAGUACCGCUCGAACGACCGUGGGCGG